AUGGGUUUAUCGCAGAACAAGUCUGUAGUUCAGGGCGUUAUCCUAUCGCUGGUUCACGUGGAGGAGUACAAGAAGAAGGGUUCGCUCGACUUAUACCAGAAUCUGUUUGAGAGCCGAUUCCUUCGGUCGACGGGAGAGUACUAUAAGCGAGAAGCGGACGAAUUGCUCACUUCGUGCGACUGUUCCUCAUAUAUGGAGAAAGUGUUGACCAAAUUGGACGCCGAGAAUCUCAGGUCCAGGAGUUUUUUGCACUCGUCGUCGUACCCACGGGUGACCUCCGAAUGCGAAGCCCGUAUGGUUGGCGACCACUUGACGUUUCUGCAGUCUGAGUGUCAGUCAAUGGUCCACAACGAGGCCCGAAAGGAUCUCCAGAAUAUGUAUCGAUUGCUUAAACCUAUCGAUUCUGGACUACAAGUGCUCGUCACUGAAAUUCAGGAUCACAUCACUCGCAAGGGAUUGGAGGCCAUAUCGACGUUGAGUACGCGCGACGAUAACGUACCGCAACUGUUUGUCGAGAACUUACUUCAAGUGCAUAAACAACACCUGAGUCUAAUCAAAGAGGUGUUCAACGGUGACCAGUCAUUCAUCGGUGCCUUAGACAAGGCAUGCGCUGCCGUUAUAAACCAUAGGCUCAGCCUUAAGCUUCCCUGUCGUUCACCAGAACUGUUGGCCCGUUAUUGCGAUGGUUUGCUUAAAAAGACUGUCAAAGGCAAUAACGAGUCCGAGAUUGACGACAAACUGAGCGCUUGUAUCACAAUAUUUAAAUACAUUGACGACAAAGACGUGUUUCAAAAGUUUUACGCAAAAAUGUUGGCCAAACGACUGAUACACUCGCAGUCGGUGUCGAUGGACGCCGAAGAGUCGAUGAUCAACAAAUUGAAACAGGCGUGCGGUUACGAGUUUACGUCCAAAUUGCACAGAAUGUUCACCGAUAUUAAAGGUAUCAAACAAUUG